AUGUAUUGCGAUUACAGCGAAGUUUCACUUGCUGUCGAGUUGGUGAUGAAGUACCCAGGUCAUUGUAACUGGCGUGCUGUUAGCCAGUUUGGCUUGGCUGAUAACCUGCGAUCAAGUUUAUUAAACAAGAAUUUCUCUUUGCAAGGUCAUCUAGAACAAGAAGAUAAGCCUAACAUACCAGUUUCCCAAAAACUGAAGGGCCUGCAAAACCAAGGACUGAAGCAAGGAAAUGAUACAGGACAGACUUUCGACCCUGGUGAUAAGGGUGAAGUAAUAGUGCUGAGAGCUAUGCGCAACCGAGAGGCAAGGCUGCCUUGCGGAAGGGGUAAGAUCACCCUCGAUGGCCCACAAGCAUACGUCGUGUGGUUACGACACGAAAAAGAUAUUGUCUAUAAGUAUCCUAACAGCGAAUACGAAGAAGGAUUGAUAAACCCGGAACGAAUUAUCGAGACGUCUUGCAACCCUGGUUCGUGUCGGGACCACACCAACUUGUUACUGAAGAAGGUGACAGAUCAUGAUGGUGGAGUCUACCGUUGCAGGGUGCACUACCAAUCCUCGCCAACAGUUGACCAUGUGAUCAAAGUGCGCGUAGUCGACUCCCCUGGUAUACCGAAAAUACUAGUAGACGGAAAGGAAAUUCGCAGCAUCAAUGUAGGCCCACUCAGCGUUGGUUCCAAUGUUAAUAUAAGUUGCCAGGUGGAACUUAAAGACCCAGCGACCGAAGUUUACUGGCGACGCAAUGGAGCAAUAAUGGAAACAACUCAAAUAACAAAAACUGACGUUUUGCGAGCUGACAUAUAUUUGGAGAACCUAACUAGGAAUGACGCUGAGACGCACUUCGAAUGCCUCGCGCAAACGUCCGAUGUAUCCGAGGCACUUGUACGAUCUAUCGUCAUUCGGAUGAUUUUGCCCCCCUUGAGUGUUCACAUUCGAUUGGAUGGAAACUACAACUUCGAGGUGGGCGUUCCCCGAGUGAUUGAGUGCCUCGUUGUCGGAAGCUACCCCGCACCAUUCGUCGGCUGGUUCCUCGGUGACUCCUUGUUAACUCCAACAUCAUACAAGCAAAUUGACGACGGAAAUGCGACCGUUUCAACCCUAACGUUGUCUCCUGCUCUGGAAGAUUCUCGAAAAUACCUGACCUGCCGCGCUCACAAUAUGCUCAUACCUUUGGAACAAUUCGAGGAGAAAGUCACAAUUAAUGUUGGCUUUGCCCCCAAAUGCGAGACAAAGUUAAUAAAAAGAAUUGGUGUGGUCAAACAAGAACCUGAAACAGUGACGUGUACCGUACAAGCGGCCCCUGCACCGGUGCAGUUCAAAUGGACAUUCAGAAACUCGAAAACAGUGAUCACAAGGACGGCAUCUGUCUCCGGCACCCGAUACUCAUCAAACCUGACCUGGCACCCUCGUGAUAGUGACUUCGGGCGGCUCGAAUGCCGAGCAACGAAUAGCUUCGGCAUACAGAAAAUUCCCUGCCUAUAUAACAUUACUCAAGGCGGCCCCCCAGAAACCCCUGAAUGUGAUAUUGCGCGAUCUGUGGCUAGUCACCUGAACGUGGACUGCAGACUAGGGUGGGACGGAGGGAGAAAACAAACAGUAAUAUUUGAACUAGUGGAUGAAUCACAAAACUUGAUCAGACGCGUAAAUGAUUCAAACGGACACUACCGCUUUAGGAACCUACCAGAAAACGAAAACUUCACAGCUACUUAUUACAGUUCAAAUUCAAGAGGAAAAAGCAAACCCGUAACGUUGGUGCUCAAGUCGCUAGCUUCUGCUAUUAAAGAAAGUAAAAUGCAAAGGGAACGGAAUAACCAUACCGCCUCAAGCCACUGGAUGUCUUAUGUUGAGCCGAUUAUAGGUAUGUUCACUAUAAGUAUUGCGGUGGUGGCUAUAGGUCUCGGAACGCAACUAUUUUACAUAAACCGUGAUACCGAAGAUGCUGAACCAGACUUGGUCCCUCGCCAUACCGAGAGCUGCCACCGCAAUACUGAUAGUGUGCUGGAACCAGAGUCGCUUGAGUUAACUAAUACCCCAUUCUGUUCACCCGUGGUGCCUACUUGCAGCGUGCUUAUUGGAUGUCCUAACUCUCCUACGGAUGAGACUAACAACGAGGACGAAGAUGAUGAAGAUGAUAGCCAACAGUCCUUUUUCGUGUAA